AUGACCACGGUGAAGAUUGGCAACGAGACGGUAAAUUGUGCCCAAGAAUUGCUCAGAGCGGUGAAAUUGAUCAACAAUCAGCUCUACGCCGACUAUCAACAGUCCGAGGCUAGUUUGAUGGAAAUUUGACGGAAAAGCUUCUGUAAAAAGAGCGUGACGGUGAAAGUACGCUCCAUGGCUAAGAAGGGUUUUAUCAUGACUUUUUUUUAGUUUUUUGGUAAGAAAACUGGAUCAAAGUUUGAUAAUACAUCAUUUUGAAGACUAGAGUGUUAAAAAAACAUUUCUGAAGACUCUGUUUUUUUCAUCGAUAAUUAAGAUCUCAUCUUCUAGUGGCUUCUUCGACCAUGCAAAUAUCUUUGGAACAAAAAUUAAUAAAUGAAAAAAAUUUUUUUGAAUCUAUGGGAGUUUUGUGAAAUUUUUAGAUGUUAUCGCUGUUAUCGAGAAACUCCUAUUUUUCUGAAUUAAAAAGAAGGUUCCUAAAGCAUGAUUUUCAAGUUCGACGGGGAGCCUGAAUUUUGGUUAUUUUUUCGAAAUGUUUAUAGUUCGCUCAGCUAUAUCUUUUGGAGAUCUGGAGGCAUCUGAUUACGUUUUUUUAAUAUUGGAUAUUCUUUCAGGAACACCGCCUUGGCGCAGAUUUGUACACAAUCACCAUAAUCGGCGUUUUUGCUUCAAUAAUCAUCCUUUUGAUGUUCCGAUCGAUCCGUCCCAAUGAGAAUUCUGAUGAUCAGGUUAUUAUUUCAUUUAUUUCAGUGAGUUUUGAACUUUAAAUUUGUUUUAAAGGUUGUUAUGAUGCUGGCCUCGAUGCAGAUGAGGGUCGACGUGGAGGAAUCGGCAAGACGAAAAAAGAAAAUGAGGUUCGGUUUUUUUUAGCUGAUUUUAUGAGGUAUUUUGAGUUUAUUGCAAAAAAAAAAGCUAUGUGAAAAAUGUCAAAAAAGGGUUCCAAGUUAAAGUUUCGAAUUAUUGAUGAGUUUUAAGGAAUGUAUCAUAAUAAACUUUGAAAAAUCUGUAAUCUUUCUCUAGAACUUUAAAAACCGAUUAAAAUCAUAGCCAAAAAAACUGAUAACUAGGCUUGAAGCUCCUUAUUUUUACUUUGAAUUUUUUACUUGAAAUCGAAUUUGAAGCCGGCUCGGCCUUAUAAAUUGGUUUUUUGCUGAUGCAAAAAAAAAUCUUACUAGAUUUUCGAAACUAUAGUAGCCUUCUAAAGCUAAAAAAAAGUCUUUAAUGACAAAAUGUCUUACUUUGAACAAAAAGCUAAGCUUUGAAGGCCUUAAUAGGAAAUUUCGUCUCGAUUUUGAAUCGGUAAUCAGUUUCGCUAGAACUUCAAAACGGUGCCAGUCCAAGAUGACGUCAUAGCUGAAUGUUCUUGUUUUGAUCUCAAAAUCUAUCUAACUUCAGCGUUUGUUAUUUUAAAAAGCCGAAUUUCCAGAGAAGCGAAAAAACGAGCACAGGAGUGGAUAAGAGACGUCCGGACCACUGGAGUGAGAGCUCUAUCAAGACGUGGCUCGCGUAAGAUUUCCAGGACGACUGCCGAUUUAACAGGUACUUGUUUCAAAACUACUCAUUCUAACUUCAAAAAACUUUCAGAAGUCCAAUCCCACGCGUCUGUGACAAAAAAAGACUCGGCGUUCCAAUACUCGCCAAAGACGCAGUCGCUGAUCGCCGAGCCGAUCACGUCGACACCCGAGGUCGACUCGCGGCAGAACUCCAUCUGCAGCGUCCCCUCGAAGCGGUAUCCAUCGACAGAGCCGCUGAUCAGACCUCCUCCGAGGCCACGGUCCCAUCUCGGCUUUGUCCCGGAGAUCGUCGUCACGGAGCACCAGCUCUUCCUCGUCUCGCCCCCGGCACACUCGCCGCGCACCCGCCGUCGACCUUCACAUCUCUCGAGGUCAGAAAAGAUACUGAGACACGACUACGACUACGAUUUUCUUGUAAGAAGCCGGUUGAAACAAAAAAUGAGCUUAGCAUUCAAAAUACUGCCUGGCGGCUCAAAAAACUCCGCAUCUCGUCGAGCCAUUCCCUUGCGACAUUAGGCCUUUCUCGAGUCACAGACUUCACAAUUAACCAAAAAGCAUUUCCUUGUAUGACGAUCGAAAUUGGUGAAACUAUCUGCAGCCGUCUUCUUUUGGAAAUCCUACAGUGUGUUAAAAUAGUUGUUAUCAGAACCUUUUUUUAAUUCAAAUCAGGAGCUUCAUAUAAAAACAUUUCCUGAUUAUAAAGAAAUUUUGAAUCUAUAAGUUGAACCGCAACUCAUUGAACCAUUCCUUCUGCGACCAGCGUACAUAAAAUCAUGUAGAAGGGACAAUGAAGGCUUUCUGAACAACUUUAAAACUAAUAUUGUCAGACCCAGAUGUGAGUUUUAGAAUAAAAAAGGUUAAAAGUUCAUCGAAUACCGAGAAUUCCAAGAACCAGCCAUUCUGUAAGUAGAUUACAUCAACUGGUUUGUCAAAUCGUGCUGCCCUUGAGUUGUCACUUCAAAUAACUACUAAUUGAAGCGAAAAUUAAAUCGAACUGAUUAUCAACAGCUUUCUGCGGUUUUUGGAGUUUUGAUGCAAAUUAAAAAUGGAAAAACUUUUUAUACGAUUCUUUUCAUGGGUUUAGCUCCUUGAGUUGGACUUCAAAACAAAGCGAGAAAAUGAAGAUAAUAAUCGAAAUAUGGUCUAAAAGGGUAUAGUUUGAGCUCCCUGUGGGACUUCCAGAUAGGAAAAAAACUGAAAAUUGAAAAAAAAACAAUAUCUCCAAUAAAACGUAUUAGUAAAGGAAGUUUUAAGGCUUUGAUGGUUUCAAGUUCCUACUCCGAUCAUUGCAGACAGGACUCGGAGUGCAGCUACAACAGCGGCUGCUUCUCGGCGGCCAUGUCGGAAGACAUCGUCUUCGAGUUUCCCGACAGCAGCUCCGGCUCCCAAAACGACUCGCCGCCCUACGAUAUGCCUUGA